AUGACAUGUUAUACCCACACAAAGCAAACGCUACCCCUUCAGAUAUUUUGUACAAAAAUGGCAAUAAAUACUUGUGCAUCACAUUAAAUUAAUAAUGUGAACGCAAAGAAAAACUCAAACAAAAUUCAACUAUUAAGUACAUACAAAUGUCUUCUAUUUAUUCUACAAAGAUGAACUAUUAUAAAUCAUGAAUAGAGUUGUGUCCAUUUUCAUGAUGAACGAUUCAGUCCCUCGUGUUGUCGUGCUUUUUAUGCCUUUUCUUUACUUGAGAGGAAAUUCUGGAAGUGGAGCUCCAAAAAUUAGGUGCAAUGAAGCAGAGAGGAAAGCGUUGCUAAGGAUUAAAGACCAUCCUUAUGUUUCCUCAUCUUGGCGGGAUGAAGAAAGUGACGUGCUUCUUUCGUCUUGGGGAGAAGAAGAAGAAGAAGAAAAGAGUGAGUGUUGCGAAUGGAUUGGAGUUCAGUGCAGCAACAUCUGGUCACAGUGGCGGAAAAUUUCCCCUAAAAUGGGCUAGUGGUGAAUCAUUGGCAUUGGUGUCUAUAGCAUUUAGUUAGAAUCUUAAUUGUUUUUAUAUAAUUGUGUACGUUGUAGUCAUAAUACACAUCAUACAAAUUUUCAGAAUAUUAUUUCAUAGAUAAAUUCCUUAUGUAAGGCAACAGAGUAUGUUCCCUUAAGUUUUCUUGAUGUAUCAUAUAACAAGUUGUCCGGCGAGCUACCUGAUUGUUUGUCACAAGCGUGGUUCAUGAAUGUUCUUCUUUUGUCAAAUAACAAGUUGUCCGGAAAGAUUCCUAUCUCUAUUGGUUUUUUUAAAGUUCAUUAUAUUGGAAUUGAGAAACAACAAUUUGACUGGGAAUUUGCCUUCAACAUUGAAGAACUGUACAGAGUUGGUGAUAUUUGAUAUUGGAGAGAACAAAUUGUUUGGGCCAAUACCAGCAUGGAUAGGUACAAUACAAGCCUAACAAAGCUUCUCAUUUUUAGUGCACGCUAUAAUAGCUUCAAUGGAAGUAUACCCUUACAACUAUGUCACUUCGUGGAUCUUCAAUUAUUGGACUUGUCUUCAAAUGAUUUGUCUAACCAUAUUCCAAACUGUCUUGGUAACAUUACAGCUUUCAAGGAAUUAGAUAAAUACAUAAGACCAAUGGAGGAUGAUAUUUAUGCUUAUUUUGGCAAGCCAAUUGGUUUUGAACAUGAAAGGUUAGUCUUGAUAUGGAAAGGAGUACUCUCUAAAUUUUAUAAAAUUCUACUUCUGAAGAGCAUUGAUUUGUCCAGCAAUAAACUUAUUGGGGAAAUCCCAAGAGACAUCACUGAACUUGUUGAACUGAUUUCCUUAAACUUGUCAAGAAACAAUCUAAGUGGGCAUAUCCACCAAGAGAUUGGUCACAUGAAGUCUUUGGAUGUUCUUGAUUUAUCAAAGAACCAUUUUUUCGGCCAGAUUCCUCCAAGUCUCUCUCAAGUGGAUCGACUCAGCACAUUAGACUUGUCAAAUAAUAAUUUGUCGGGUGAAAUUCCAAAAGGCACUCAACUCCAAUCCCGUGAUGCAGCUGCAUACAUGGGAACUCCACAACUUCCACUUCCAAUAAAAUGUCCAAAUGGAAAAGUACCAAUUGCAUCCGGUGAAGCUAUGGAAAAUCAUGAUGAUGAUGAUGAUGAUGAUGAUGGGUUUAUUAGCAAAGGAUUUUACAUAAGCAUAGCACUUGGAAUUGUAGUUGGAUUUUGGGGAUUUUGUGGGACUUUAAUCUUCAACAAGUCUUGGAGAUAUGCAUAUUUCAAGCUGUUAAACAAAGCUGAAGACUGGAUUCGUAUAGCUGCAGCAGUUCAGAAGGAGAAGCUAUUGCAGAUGUUCAGAAGCUAAAUUGCAGGAGCUUUCGGUUUCAGAGGAUGCAGUGCACUGGGAAUAUUUCUUCAUCAAAUAAUUUGUAAUGUUGUAGUUAUGUUUUCUAUAAUAAUGCUUGAAUUAGUUCACUGUUCAUGCUUACAAUUGUUAACUUCGAUUAGGAUAUGUUUUCUUCAAACUUUCUCUUUUA